GCGUGGCGUCCGCUUCCCAGGCCGCGGCGGCGGUUCGGUCGUGGGCCCCGCGGGUGGCCCCGGUCACGGCCCGCGCUUCGGCGGCCAUCUUACCCGCGCGCGGCUCCCGCGGCGGGCGGGGCGGCGUCAGGCCGGAAACGGCUGUGUGGCGGCGCGCCACCUCCUCAGAUGUGUGCAAUGCAUCGUCUUGGGGACGGUAGUGCUGCAAGUUUCCCGAAACUGUAUCGUACAGCGAUGUAGCUCGGGACAUAGCAAGAAUCUCAAGACAUGUGAAUAUUUAUUGAGGAGCUGCUUCUACUUGUGAGAACAUAGUGAAUGGACCUGACUGGACUUUUUGCGCCCAUCAAUAAACAUGAGCGGUACCAAGCCUGAUAUUUUGUGGGCACCACACCAGGUUGAUAGAUUUGUUGUAUGUGACUCAGAACUGAGCCUUUAUCAUGUGGAGUCGGCUGUGAAUUCAGAACUUAAAGCUGGAUCAUUACGUUUGUCUGAAGACUCUGCAGCUACAUUACUGUCGAUAAAUUCAGAUACCCCCUAUAUGAAAUGUGUUGCAUGGUAUCUCAAUUAUGAUCCUGAAUGUCUCCUAGCAGUUGGACAAGCAAAUGGUCGAGUUGUACUUACAAGUCUUGGUCAAGAUCAUAAUUCUAAGUUUAAAGAUUUGAUAGGAAAAGAAUUUGUCCCAAAACAUGCUCGACAAUGCAAUACCCUUGCAUGGAAUCCACUGGAUAGUAACUGGCUUGCUGCUGGUCUGGACAAGCACAGAGCUGACUUUUCAGUUCUGAUAUGGGAUAUCUGCAGCAAAUAUACUCCUGAUAUUGUUCCCAUGGAAAAAGUGAGACUUUCAGCAGGUGAAGCUGAAACAACACUAUUAGUAACAAAACCACUGUAUGAGUUAGGACAAAAUGAUGCUUGUCUAUCUCUUUGUUGGCUUCCACGAGACCAGAAACUUCUCCUUGCUGGCAUGCAUCGUAAUCUAGCCAUAUUUGAUCUUCGGAACACAAGCCAGAAGAUGUUUGUAAAUACAAAAGCUGUUCAAGGAGUGACAGUAGACCCAUACUUCCAUGAUCGUGUUGCUUCCUUCUAUGAAGGUCAGGUUGCAAUAUGGGAUCUUAGAAAAUUUGAGAAGCCAGUUUUGACUUUGACUGAGCAGCCAAAGCCCUUGACAAAAGUAGCAUGGUGUCCAACUAGGACAGGCCUGCUUGCUACUUUAACAAGGGAUAGUAAUAUUAUUAGGCUGUAUGAUAUGCAGCACACACCUACGCCCAUUGGGGAUGAAACUGAACCCACAAUAAUUGAAAGAAGUGUGCAACCUUGUGACAAUUACAUUGCUUCCUUUGCAUGGCAUCCAACAAGUCAAAAUCGAAUGAUAGUUGUAACUCCCAACCGAACAAUGUCUGACUUCACUGUUUUUGAAAGGAUAUCUCUUGCCUGGAGCCCAAUUACCUCUUUAAUGUGGGCUUGUGGUCGUCAUUUGUAUGAAUGUGCAGAAGAAGAAAGUGACAAUUCCUUAGAAAAAGAUAUAGCAACAAAAAUGCGCCUCCGGGCUUUAUCAAGGUAUGGACUUGAUACAGAACAGGUAUGGAGAAACCACAUUUUAGCUGGAAAUGAAGACCCACAACUCAAGUCACUCUGGUAUACUCUGCACUUUAUGAAGCAGUAUACAGAAGAUAUGGAUCAAAAAUCUCCAGGCAACAAAGGAUCGUUGGUUUAUGCAGGAAUUAAAUCAAUAGUAAAAUCAUCUUUGGGAAUGGUGGAAAGCAGCAGACAUAAUUGGAGUGGCUUGGACAAACAAACUGAUAUUCAGAACUUAAACGAAGAGAGGAUUUUAGCACUACAGCUUUGUGGGUGGGUAAAGAAAGGAACGGAUGUAGAUGUGGGACCAUUUUUGAACUCUCUUGUGCAAGAAGGAGAAUGGGAAAGAGCUGCUGCAGUGGCUUUGUUCAACCUGGAUAUUCGGCGAGCAAUCCAAAUCCUGAAUGAAGGGGCAUCUUCAGAAAAAGGAGAUCUGAAUCUCAAUGUGGUAGCAAUGGCUUUAUCAGGGUACACGGACGAGAAGAACUCUCUUUGGAGAGAGAUGUGCAGCACACUGCGACUGCAGCUCAACAACCCCUAUCUCUGUGUCAUGUUUGCAUUUCUGACCAGCGAAGCAGGAGCUUAUGAUGGAGUUUUGUAUGAAAACAAAGUUGCAGUACGUGACAGAGUGGCAUUUGCUUGUAAAUUCCUUGGUGAUACUCAGUUAAAUAAAUACAUUGAAAAGCUGACCAAUGAAAUGAAAGAGGCUGGCAAUUUGGAAGGAAUCUUGCUUACAGGCCUCACUAAAGAUGGAGUGGACUUGAUGGAGAGCUACGUGGAUAGAACUGGAGACGUCCAGACAGCAAGCUACUGCAUGUUACAGGGUUCACCUUUAGAUGUUCUUAAAGAUGAAAGGGUUCAAUAUUGGAUUGAGAAUUACAGAAACUUAUUAGAUGCUUGGAGGUUUUGGCACAAACGAGCUGAAUUUGAUAUUCAUAGGAGUAAAUUGGAUCCCAGUUCCAAGCCAUUAGCACAGGUGUUUGUGAGUUGUAAUUUUUGUGGCAAAUCAAUCUCCUACAGCUGCUCCUCAGUGCCUCAUCAGGGCAGAGGCUUUAGUCAAUAUGGAGUGAGCGGCUCACCAACAAAAUCGAAAGUCACAAGUUGCCCUGGCUGUCGAAAACCCCUUCCUCGGUGUGCACUUUGCCUCAUUAAUAUGGGAACGCCUGUUUCUAGCUGUCCUGGUGGAUCCAAAUCGGAUGAAAAAGUGGACUUGAGCAAGGACAAAAAGUUAGCUCAGUUUAACAAUUGGUUUACCUGGUGUCACAAUUGUCGGCAUGGUGGACAUGCUGGACAUAUGCUUAGUUGGUUCAGGGACCAUGCAGAGUGUCCUGUAUCAGCAUGCACAUGUAAAUGUAUGCAGUUGGAUACAACAGGGAAUCUGGUACCAGCAGAGACUGUUCAGCCAUGAGAUGCUACACCUAAAGAGAAACCUUCAAAUGAGGAGUUUUUAAUCGCUGUCCUUCACAGUUCAGGAACAUACCUCAGAACAAGUCACUCACGACUCUCCUAUAAUGGGAAAAUAAAUCAUUCUGUCAGAUCAGCAGUUUGAUGUUUGAGUGAUUUUGAUGAGCUUCUUAGAGGCAGAUGCUGCUGAAGUGAACAUUAGAGCAUGAAUAUAAGUUCUGUUCAGUAGGUUAAAGUUCAUUUGAAAGAACCUUCUAGAGUUUUGUCAAAAAUAUGAAUGUAUAUAGAAGGUUUUAGAAUAAAAACAUACCUCUGCCUGCA